AUGAGCAACAACGCCGCCCAGUACCACUCCCUCCGCGACGAGAACGGCUUCGUCCUCCCCGAUCCCUUCAACCUCCUCAUCCACCUGUGCGAGGACUCGUGCAACCGAAGGGGUCCCGGAGUCGACAAGUGUGUCGUGAGCGGCUGCCCAUCCCGGCGCCUCUACCACAUCCUCAACAUGCGCAUGCCCUACUGCUCGGAACACCUGGACUCGAUCCGAUUGGACCCGGGCGGGCUCGUCGCAGCCCUUUACUUCCACGAGGGAGACGCGGACACUCGGGCCCUCACCCACUUCGUGUACGACUCGGUGCGGCGUGCCCAGGCGUUCCUGGCUGGGGAGGACUAUUCCUGGGAGCUUUUCAACCGGGCAGCAGCGGCCGGGCCGGCGGGUCGGCCUCCGACGCAGCCUCCGACGCAGAACUAG